GUCUGACAAACCAAGAUGGUGAAGCGACAACCAGCCAAGUCUUCGUCCUCCUCCUCCUCAGCAGCAGCAGCAGCAGCCGGUGCGACUCCGUUUGCCCAAGCAGCAGCAUCAGCAGCAUCAGCAGCAUCAGCAGCAGUUGGACGGUCGUCCUCGUCGGGGUCGCCCUCGUCGUCGUCGUCGGCGUCCCGCGUGUCGCGCUCGAGUGAGCUGCUCGAGCCCACGCGCACCAGCCAGACUGCAGCGCGCCCUGGAUUGUCGUUGUUACUGAGCGAAUCGAGCGCAAUGGACGUCGACGACGAUGAUGAUGAUGAUGAUCAAGAUCAAGAUCAAGAUCAAGAUGAUGAUAAUGAAUAUGAGGACGACGACGACGACGACGAUGACGAUGAUAACGAGGAGAACGACGAAUCAGACCAAGAAUCGGCGUCUGCUGGUGCCGGGUUGCCCGAAUUCCCAUUCCCAAGGCGGAUUCCUAAUUUCAAGAAUGGAGACAACUCGUCGUUAUCGUCCGUGCUGGACCGAGUAGCAAACUUUUUGCCGCAGAUGAAGGCUGCGAACGUGCAGCUGGAGCGGGUCAUUGCUACCCAAGGCCAGAAGGCGGUUGAUAUUGAAACCGUCGACGAAGAAGGCGCUUAUGUUGAGAUGGACCUGUCGUGCGGUAUUAUCGAGCAGCAGAACGAACUAACAGCAGAAACAAUGCGGGUCCAACCAGAGCUACCACAGUCAAGCCCGCAGAUCACCGCGAAGCAUCGCACCAAUAAGCCUUUGAUUCAAGAGUUGUAGAAAGCAGAAUGAUGUGGUGUUUUUGUCUCAAGCAAUAGAUUCGACAUUGUCAAAA